GGGAGAGCGUGUUCUGCACCGUAUUGGUCACGAUUAUGUCAAGCAGGUAAUUAUGUUUCACUGGUACAACUCCCGGGUCUUUAAUCUCGCAUGUCUGUAGGUGUUCACCUGAAACGACUGAUGAGUGUAGGUCGAUAGAAAGCAGCCGAGCCGUUACUCUGGAGGGUUGCCUAACAAAGCUAAUAAUGGCUGAAAUAAUUGCCGUCAACGCCGGUUUGCCCUCUCCGUCCACUAUCAACGUCACCUUCCCGGUUCCGGAGGACACCAACACCCCCGCCGCAGCCCCUCCUGCAGCCUCCCUGAGCAGCGACGACUACCUGUUUGUGGAGUCCAGGCACCCCAACACCGUCCUGCAGGGCCUCAACAGCCUGCGGCUCAACAACGCCUUCUGUGAUGUGACCCUGUGCUGCGGAGGACAGGAGUUCCCCUGCCAUCGCAUAGUGCUGGCCUCUUUUAGCUCUUACUUUCAGGCGAUGUUUUCCACUGACCUGAUAGAGUCCAAACAGGAGCGGGUUGCCAUCAAUGGAGUUGAGCCUCAGAUGAUUGGCAUGCUGGUGAGCUAUGCCUACACAUCAGAGGUCUACAUCUCUAAAGCAAAUGUGCAGGCUCUGCUGGCAGCCGCCAACCUGCUGGACGUGAUGGCGGUGCGGGAGGCCUGUUGUCGAUUCAUGGAGCGUCAGAUGGACGAGAUGAACUGUGUGGGGAUUCACUGCUUUGCCGAGGCUCACUCCUGUAAGAGGCUGGAGAACAGCAGCAUGAGCUACAUUCUGGAGCACUUCAGCAGUGUUUACCAGCAGGAGGAGUUUCUGUCCCUGUGUGUGGACAAGCUGACUGAAAUACUUGCCAGUGACCAUCUUAAUGUACUCAAAGAGGAGGUGGUGUUUGAGGCGGCCAUGCUGUGGCUGAAUAAGUGUUCCUCUCGAAAACAGAGCUUUGAAAAGGUCCUCGAACACAUCCGGCUGCCUCUGAUCAGCCCUUACUACCUCCACGAUGUGAUUGAGUCCCUGGAUGUGGUGAAAGAGAACCAGGGCUGCCAAAGGCUGAUCUCUGAGGCCAAGGACUAUCUGCUGCUAAAGGACCGCCGUGGAGAACUCUACUGCCCAAGAGCGAGGCCUCGCAGGUCCACAGGGACAGCUGAAGUGAUUGUGACAGUCGGCGGGGAGGAUGACAAGGUGGUGCUGCGCAGCGUCGAGAGCUUCGACCCUGUGACGAAUCAGUGGAAGAAUCUGGCGUGCCUUCCCUUCGCUGUGAGCAAACAUGGGCUGGUCGUGUCUGACUCCACUCUGUACCUGGCGGGAGGAGAAUUUCCUGAUGGCUCAGCCAGCAGAGAGAUGUGGCGCUACGACCCCUGCUUUGACUCCUGGUUCGAGAUGGCUCCAAUGAAUGUAGCUCGCUCUGAGUUAGGGCUGGUGAUGCUGGACGGCUUCGUAUAUGCGGUUGGAGGUUGGGAGGGCCGCUCUCGUCUGGACUCAGUGGAGUGCUACAACCCUCACACCAACUCCUGGCAGUUCACAGAAUCUGUAAAAAUGGCUGUCACAAGUCCUGCCGUGGUCGCUUUGGAUGGGCUGCUCUAUGUUACAGGGGGUGCAGUUUUAGAGGAUGGAGACGGCACAGACCUCGCUCAGGUGUACAAUCCUAAAACAUCUGUAUGGACGGAAGUCGCCCCCAUGCAGAUUGCUCGCUCCGGUUCGGCUGCCUGUACACUCAAAGGAAAGCUGUAUGUCAUCGGUGGAUGGCACGCCUCAACAGAGAACACUGAUAAAGUUGAAUGUUACAAUCCCAAGACCAACCUCUGGACCAUGUGUGCCCCCAUGAAGGAGCGACGCUACCGGCCAGGUGUUGCUGUGGUGGAUGGAAAGAUCUACGUCUUAGGGGGGGAGGAAGGCUGGGACAGGUAUCAUGACACCAUAGAGAGGUACUGCGAAGAGACGGACACGUGGGAGAUUGUUGGGGAGAUGCCCACCAGUCGCAGCUGGCUCAGCUGUGUGUCUCUCCAGCUAAGGAAAGACAUCUGUAUGACCAGCUGUCCUGACACGCCGAAUGAAAACUGAGCCAGAGUGUAAAGGGUGAAGUCUUUAUGGUUAUUUGUUCCCUCAUUAGGGGACCGCACGUUCCAACGCUCAGAGCUGUGGAGAACAGCAAACUGCAGAGGGAAGCCUUGGUUUGGCACAACAGUGUUUGAGCUGUUACUGGUGACAAAGGGGAGACUGUUCUUAAUUGGUGACUGCUCAUGGAGGCUCACUCACUUCUUCCCUCACACGGUGACAAGGGAAGCUCAAGUGAUGGAUUCAUUGACAGGCCGAUUGAGGACUCAGGCUGAAGUUUCUCUCUGUAAGAUGUGAACAUGUUUUGGGUUUUGUUUUAAUGUCCAAGCCUCUCAAGUCUGUGAACACCCUCCCCGCCAUCAUAUUGUAUUUUUGUAUCAGUUAUUCUGUUAUAUAUUUAUCGGGGUGUGACUAUCUGUGACUGAACUUUUAAAAUGUCAUCACAAACAUUUCACUCAUCAAAAGAUGCCCUGUGGGCUAAAGAAUCUCAUUGUGAAUAUAUUGUGAAAAAGAGAUGUCUUACAUGUGCAGUGUUUAUUUUAUAUUUAACUUUAAAAGUCCUGAAUGAUUGUAACUACCUGUAACAUGCUUAUUAUAUUUUUGUAUUGUAGUGUGCAUCAUGCAUUUUAGUGAUUUUUAGAUGGAGGUAGGUUCUAAUAAAGAUGUUUAAUUAUGUAAUGUAAAUGCAGGUGGUUCUCUUUUAUCUGAAUGUAAUAAGCCUGAAAACAAGACAAACUUAAUUCACUGGCAAAAAAAAUUAAAUUCAUGAAAGAAUUUGAGAAAGCCUGCAGCACCUCAAA